AUUUUCGGCCCUGUUGCUCGCAAUUGCAUAGGAAAUGCAGUGUUUUCAUUUAAAAAAUAAAGUUUUGAACGAUAUAGCGAAGUAUUUGUGCGUGAAAUGGAAGGAGAUAAUACGAUGCCAAUAUUUGUGAAAAAAAUAGUGUUGGAGCGCAUUAAAGCUGCUGCUACGGAUUGUGCAAAAGCGGCAGUCGCACUAAAGCUUCGUGCAUCGAAUUGUGUAAUUUUUAUUUUAUUUCUUUCCCUAAACCAUGUCUGCAAUUUAGAAAGGGUGAAAUUCAUAAUACGAGUAUAAAGUUCCACUUACAAAUGUGUGAAGCAUGCAGGAAAUGCAACAAAUGGGUGAAGUUGUGUGGACGUAAAGAUUCCAAGUUUAAGUCAAUCAGGAACGUCACCAAAGAUACAUAUAUUUGUUCUUUACACUUCUUUGGAGAAUCUGGACCAAAGAAGAGUAUCCAGACCCGAUAGAAUGUCGGCCGACAACGAUAAAAGAGACAAAAGUCUAGAAGGUGCUUGGAGCAAAAGUAUCAACGAUUCUCAUUGAAGUCUGAGGAAUCUACUUCUAGUAUAGGGAGCAGUUGCUUUACUGGAGAAGAGGAGAGCCGAGAAACGAAUUCAACUGAUGUCGAAAUCGAAGAAGUCAAAGCAUUCCGUGAUCCUGAGCCAAAUUUUUCUACUGAGAUGCAAAGCAUGGACAUGGAAUCUAAAGGUAAUGACGGGGGACAGGCUUUUUCUUCUGCAGGAACACAGACAAAUUUUUAGACUCUUCAAGAACUUGAAGGGAUGGAAUCUACAACCGAUGGUAAGAUAAUCAUUUCCGUCUCUGCAGGAACGCAAACCGAUUUUGAGGAUUUUGACGAAUCUAAGGUGGUGGAAUCUCAAAGUACCAUGAAAGUACCUAAAGUUAGAUCUACAUGCAUUCAGACAUCAAAGCGAUUGAUCAAGCCACUUGUCAUUCAAGAGUCAUUAAAAAAUCCCUGUUCGAUGUGUAAAGACAUUCCAGAAAAUUCAAAGUCUCCUGCUCAGCGAUUCGAAGAUUCUUUAAAAAACUAUAAUGAUAAAUGUAUUUUUUACACAGGUUUACAUUUUAAGUACAUCACGGUUAUAAUGUCGUUCAUCGGCGAUGUCGCGAAUAGUUUAAAUUACUGGGGUUCGAGUCGUAAAAGUAAUGCUAACGAAAAACACAAAGCGAGACGUAAAUUGACACCUUUGCAGGAAUUAAUUCUUGUUCUUACUCGCUUAAGAUGUGGGUUACUUCUCGAAGGCAUGUCAUACCGGUUUGAAGUUAGUGUUGAGCUAUUGAGCUCUAUAAAUAUUACAUGGAUCCAAUGUUUGUAUCUGCAUUUUUCGACAAGAUUAAGGCCAAAAAUGUUUGCCAGCCGCCGGCAAGUAGAAAAAUAUUUACCGAAAAUAUUUCGAAACUUUAAAAACCUUCGAGUUAUUUUAGACUGUACUGAAUUCUUUUGCGAGGCACCCGCGAAAUUUGAGCAUCAAGGAAAUUUGUAUUCACAGUAUAAAGGUCAUACGACAUUUUAAGUUUUACUUGGUUGUACUCCGAAAGAUGCCAUAAGCUUUCUUUCUGACGUUUAUGAAGGGGCAAUUUCAGAUCGCGAAAUCGUCAUUAAAUCUAAACUAGUAGAUCUUUUACAACCCGGCGACGUUGUUCUUGCAGAUAGAGGCUUUACUAUCGAAGACCUUGUCGAAAGUGUAGGCGCAUCUCUGAACAUACCACCAUUCCUUAGACAAAGAAAUCGUUUUACAGCACAAGAGAAAAUCGCAACGAAGAAAGUUGCUAAAGAACGCAUUUACGUUUAACAUGCAGUGGGUAAACUAAAACUGUUUCGCAUUUUACAAAGGACUAUUCCAUUAAGCAUGAGAGGAAUAAUAUCGCAAUUAGUGUUUGUUUGCGCAUGUCUUGUAAAUUUUCAAGAACCAAUUGUAUAUGACGAGGGUUAAGUUGUAUAAUUCUUAUUAAGCUGGUAAUAAGCGUUGAAUAAAGAAUAAGAAUAGGAUAUCAUUGAUGCGUUUUUUAAGAAUAUUAAAUAAAUUAUUAAAUUAUAAAUAAAUAUAAAUUUGAAUAUUCUUCGAAUUUAUAAGUUAUAAAAAGAUUUAAUUUUGAAAAAUAGGUUAAAUGAAUGCUUUCGAUAAAUUUUACUCAGUCGAUUCGUCUCAAACGAGUCUCUCGUACUAUUUCUAAGGUAAUUCCUAAUGUCAAUCGUUCGUUUGUUUCUCGUACUACUUCUAAUGUAAUUUUUAAUGUCGAACGUUCGUUUGUCUCGCAUACUAUUUCCCACGUAAUUUCGAAUGUAAAUCGUUCGUUUGUCUCUCCUACUAGUUCUAAUGUAAUUAAAUGGAAGAAUAAAUAAUCUUUCGCAAU